GGAGGAGGCCAAAGCAGAUAAUAUAUUUCAAACCUGAGGUUGUGCUGUAAAACCAUGGGUAAGACAGGGAGUAAAGUUCUGCUGAAAGCCUCGAUGGAUGGAGUUCAAACACAGCCGUCUGUGGCUGUGACCACUCCGUCUGCUCCUGCUGUCACAUUCACAAAAGUCCCUAAAAGCAGCAGGAUGAAGGUGAAAUGGACACAUCUGGGUUUGGUCUUCUUCCUCACUUUGUCACUGGUGAUGACAGGCUGCUUCUUCUGGCAAUACCAGCUGCCAAAGGUUCUGCCAGACGAAGAGUUGGGUCACAACACCAAAUCAGAGAUGAUGUGUCCUCGCUUCCCAGAGCCUCUCCCACUGGAGCAUCCUAUUCCCAGUCUGAAAGAAGCCCUGGAAAAGGUAGAUGUUCUGCUUCGGCAGAGCAUCAGCCCCGUCAGCCUUCCUGCUAUGUCUGCCAUUGUUAUCCUGAACGAUACGGUUCUGUGGACCGGAAACUUUGGAAAAAGAAACGCCAGUGACCCUUUCGCAGGACCACCCAAUGAGUACACAAUCUACAGGAUUGCCAGCCUAUCCAAGAUUUUUCCUACGCUGAUGCUCUACAAACUGUGGGAGGAUGGAAAGAUCGGCUCCUUAGAUGACCCCCUUGAAAAAUAUGUAGAUAAUUUCACAAUCAAAAAUCCUCUAGGAAAGACCAGAGACUCACAGUUGAAGUAUGUGACCGACGGCCUGAUAUUUCUGGACAGUGGGGAAGUUCAGAUUCGCUCCUCUUCAGUCACCCUGCGCAGAAUGGCAAGCCAGCUCUCUGGACUACCCAGGAGACUCCGAGCCACAAAUCUCCUCUGGAAAGGCAAAACACAAACUGCAAUCAAUCUAUUACAAGAUGAUGUCCUUGUUGCAGAUCCAGGAACCAAGUGUCACUACAGCAACCUUGCCUUUUCUUUGCUUGCUCAUGUCAUGGCAGAGCGAGUGGUUGGAGUAGAAUACCAGCGAUGGGUCACAGAAAACAUCCUAGACCGCCUGGGGAUGGAAGACACAGGUUUUGGUCUGACUCCAGGGUUGCAGGGUCAGAUGGCAGUGGGAGUUUACUCAAAUGGAAAACCUGCCCCACUCUAUGACCUCGGCUGGUACCGGCCUUCUGGUCAGAUGUUUUCCACUGCCGCAGAUAUGGCCAAGCUCGCCAUGAUGCUGCUGGGUACUUACCACCGCAAACUACUGGAACCAGAUUCCCUGAAGAUUAUGCUGACCCCACUCUUUAGAUGUGAUAAGGACUACUUUGCUAACCGUACUGGGACACCAUGGGAGGUGAAUGACCUCUUGGGCUACGAGAUGCUGAGAAAAGAUGGUGAUCUGGAUGGCUUCUCCGCCACAUUCUCCCUGGUUCCCAGGCUGAAGCUCGGCCUGGUCAUCCUCAUGGCAGGCAGCAGGUCUCAAAAACAAGACGUGGUCACAAAGACCUACAGCUUCAUUGUUCCAGCCAUUGAAAAAGCUUUCAGGGAAGCCAAAAAAGUUCUUGUUGCUCCCCCAAAUCCAGAGUCGUAUAUUGGCUUCUAUACAUACAGCAACAUCACUUUCUACGAGAUCAAACUAGGACCAGAUGGAAUUCUGAUCAUGCAGCAGUUUGGCCCUCAGAUUGAAGAGAUGAUCCCAGAGAAGUACAGAACAAUAAAACUCAACUACCUGGUUGAGCGGGUGUUCAAAGUUGUGUUCGAAAAGGAGUACCCUUGCGUUUUGCGAGUGGGAACAGCCUCUGUGUCACUGGAAGCCCAAGAUGGCCAACUUUUUAACUUUUAUGUGUUUAAUAAGCAGGGCUUGUCCCCCGGCUUUGAUGCACCAGGACUUAACACGUACAAUGUUGUCAGAAUUGCCCGCAGGCCGUCCUUCUCCAGCUAAACUGCUGCCAUGCAGUGGCCAAAAGACAAAUGGUGUAACCCUGGGCUAGAACCAAAACGAAAGCAGCGAACGUUGCAAGGAUGAAUAGAAAAGUUAGGAAGAUUCAUGAGCUCAGAUCUGAGAAUAUUCUGGAAGGACAACACAAACAUUUAUGGAAAAUGUACGAGUUUCUCUGCUAAGUCAGUGUCUUCUGGUUUUGUAUCACACCUCUGAGCUGAGCUUUCACACGGUGGCUAAACAGAGAUUUGAUUAUUGCCUUCAAUUAAAUUGCUCUCACAUUGCCGUGACCCACGUUGCUUCUUACUGUUCUUCAAACCGAACAAUUUUUAUUGCGGUCACGAACACAAAAGUUUCACAAAUUUAUUUUAAUUUAAUUCUGAAACCAGGAUCACAAGUUGACAAUAUAUUCAGCGCAGAAUUUUCAGCGUUCAUUAAUGGGGCCAACAUCUAUCUGUUGCAGGUCAAA